AUGUCCUCGCACAGUCGCUACAACCAAGACAGAGCCCCUUCGCGCUCGAGAAGCCAGAGUCGUGGUCGUCACCAAGGCGAUCGUUACAACGACCGUCAGGACCGUGGCGGAUAUAGCGACCGCAGCGCCAGAGCUGACCGUGGCGGAUACCCGGACAGAGGCGACCGCUAUGACGACCGAAGCCGUGGCGACCGCAGCGACCGAUAUGAUGACCGAAGCCGCGGCGACCGCUAUGCUGACCGCAGUGACCGAUAUGAUGACCGAAGCCGCGGCGAUCGCUAUGACGACCGCAGCCGUGGCGACCGCCACGCCCCCCGAGGCGAUCGCUACGACGACCGGGAUCGGGACCGUGGUCGAGACCACUCCGAGCGCUCAGCCGCUGCCAGCGGCAAGUGGGCUGCUGCUGCCCAGGCCGCCGAGAGUGGUAGCACUGGCUACCGCAACUGGGAGACCGUCGACGACGAACCCGAGGAUUACAACUCAUCUGAAUGGCUCACGCGCAAGACCAAGAAGGUCCAGGACGACUCCCUCCAGUCGUCGCGUCGGGCUCUGCAGCGUCUGCGCGAGGCCGAGCAAGUUGCUGAGCAGAACCUGUCGACCAUCGACAUGCAAGGAGAACAACUGGACCGGAUAGAGCGCCGACUCGAUGAAACGGCCGACGUGGCCAAAAUUGCGGACAGCAAGGCCACUCAUCUGCAAGCCCUCAACCGCUUCUUCCUGAUCCCCACCUUUGGCCUCGGCAAGAAAACCAAACAAAGAGAAGAUCAGCUCAAGAGCGAGCAAGAAGAGCGCAUCACCCAGGAAGAGUCCCGCCGCCAGGAUCGCGAUGCUGCCCGCCAGGAUCGCGAUCGCAUGCGUCGGGAACAGAUGGAGCGCACCUACCAGCGCGGAGACUCGGACCGCUCUUAUUCGACCCCGAGUGGCUGGGACCGCGACGAGAAGGAGGAGGAGAUCGACGACAACUUGGAUCAGAUGUCAUCGGGCCUGGCUCGCCUUCGUAUGAUGGCAACUACCAUGGGUGACGAGCUCACAUCGCAAACCGACAAGCUCGUGCGUGUUCAAGACAAGACCGACCAGCUCAACGACCGCGUCACCAAUACCACCCGCAAGGUCGAGGGUAUGCUCGACAAGAAGAAGGGUCGCAAGUGA